AUGCAAAACUCUAAAAGCUUGCAAAAGUCGAUACAAAUCAGCAAGCAGGAUGAGGUUCGUUACAUUUCAAUCGGUAAGAAAGAUCAAAAAAAUAGGAAUCAGAAGAUGAAAACACAAAGAAAGAAUUUUCUAAGAAACUAAUAUGGUGAAAUUCGGCUAAAAUCUCACACAAAACCUCCAGGCGAUUUUCUGGAAAUGUUUUUUGAAACAUACUCUCUUCAUCUGCAUUAUUUGAAGGUCAACGUUAAUCCGAAAAUGCUGCGUUCGUUUUGGCCACGAUGCGCCAGAAGCAGCCGCCUCACUGCCAAAACGGCCAUCAUCAUGCGAAGCGCCGAACGUGUCGACAGAGUCUUCGGCUCCUCCUGGCUCAAUACAGAACGCUCAGAAGACGCGGUAAGUAAGGAGCCACUUUUGCAUAAGACUAUUAUUUUUUAUCAGUAUAACGCGACAGACUUGAAUGUGCCUACGGAUCUGCUGCCGCCUUCCCUAUUCUCGUAUAAUCCGCCAAUCACCAACAUCGGUUUGAGUGGAUACCACUUACUCGCUAUUAUGCCUUCGACAGGGAAGUACAGUAGCCAAGUGGUUGGCCGAGCUCUGCAGAACCGCGGCCUGGCCGCCAAGACCAUUCUCUGCUCACCGACGCUUCGAUCGAUACAGACGGCAUCGGCUAUCGCAAAAGUCAUGAACAUUAAAAUUAGCGUGAGAAAAAUUUCCAAUAUCAGUAGUUCUUGUAAUCUUUACAGAUUGAGCCUGGGCUCCUGGAGCCACUAGAAUGGUACAGAAAAGCAGGAUCUGUUGAACUUCCAAAUUUCUCUCUUGAAACGUUGAUAAUGUAUCCCAUCGAAAGGAACUAGUCAGUAAAAUUAAAACGGUUAAGUUCGACUGUCCAAGUUCAGCAAGCCGAUACACUCGAUGGAAGAUUUGAAAAAGCAGUACGGAACCGCAAAACAGGCAGAUUGUGUGAGUCGGAUUCAAAUGACUCUUCAGAGGUUUGGCUCACUUUCUGAUUAGAGAAAGGAGAUUUGAAAACAUAGCUUGUGCGGAGCAUCUAAUGAAUCAGCGGUAGUCAUAGUGGCCCACGCGUUGACCAUGGAAAUCGCCUCGCAGAUGGGUAAGUCUGGUCCUCAAACCAUUCAGUUGAAAAUCGAAGACAGGCACCUUUGGUGACCGCCUACACAGCUCGAAUGCAGACGAGGAGAACGACGAAGAAUAUACUUCUUAUGAGGUGCAGUAAGUGAAAUUAUGCAUCAAACUACAAAUUGAAGGUUCCUGACUACAAAGUACACGAGGACUGCCCGGCUCAGAAGCUGGAACUUGGCGUCAAGUAAGUAGAUGCAUUUUUUCAAUAGUUUUUAUCAUUCUAAUCUGAAGGUUUUCUUUUCCGCAGAUAUCCUCCAGGGAGCACCCUCGGCUUGGCCCGUUGCAAUCAUUCGCCUCCGUACGUUUUCCGUCUCAUCGACGACGCCCUCGCCCCACUCACAACUACCAAAUUUUCUACACGAGUCAUUUUAUAA